UCAGCGCCCAGUCACCCCCUAAUCCGCCCGGACUCCCCGGUCCUCUGCCCCGUCUGCCUACACCCGCUCCAUCCACCUCAACGUACCCGACCAGCCCGUCCUCUGGUCACAUGACCGACCUGAGCGCUGAGACCUGAGCCCGACGGCGGAGUGAUACGAAGCUCAGCAGUAAGAAGGCUGCGUGUGAGUGCGCCCCGAGCCUCCUCCAUAUUAACAAGUCCCCCCCUGACGGAUACCGACACCGGGCGGGAACCGCAGCCAUGCCGGGCAUGAUGGACAAGGGAACCGAGUAUCUAGGCAAGAAUCGCUCCAAUGGCACCAAGAGCCCGUCCAGCGCCUCCAAUGGACACUACUCCGAGGAGAGCGGCGGCAGCGACGACGAGCACGGUGAUGUGGGCAUGAGGGUGGGAGCCGACUUCCAGGCCCGGAUCCCCGACUACGAGCCCGGUGCUACCAAGUACACGGAUAAAGAUAAUGGGGGAAUGCUGGUGUGGUCUCCUUUUCACAGUAUACCUGAUCUGAAGUUGGACGAAUACAUUGCUAUAGCAAAAGAAAAGCAUGGCUACAACGUGGAACAGGCUCUUGGCAUGCUGUUUUGGCACAAACACAACAUCGAGAAAUCACUUGCUGAUUUGCCCAAUUUUACCCCCUUCCCCGAUGAGUGGACGGUUGAAGAUAAGGUCCUGUUUGAACAAGCGUUUAGUUUUCAUGGGAAAAGCUUCCAUAGAAUUCAGCAAAUGCUUCCAGAUAAGACCAUAGCAAGUCUGGUAAAAUACUACUACUCCUGGAAAAAAACCCGUUCUCGGACAAGUUUGAUGGAUCGGCAAGCAAGGAAGUUGGCCAGUAAAAAUAACCACAGAGAAAGCGAUGAGGACCUUGAGGAAAGUCAUCCUCCAAAGGAUGGAAAUGACAGUGAUUAUGACCCUAAAAAAGAAGCAAAAAAAGAGGCCAGUGCAGAUACCUGUAUUCAGCCUGUAAAGGUUGCUCUUGGUAGAAGAGAAUACCAAAGUUUACAGCAUCGUCACCACUCCCAGAGGUCUAAAUUUCGUCCUCCAAAGGGAAUGUAUAUAAUUAAGGAUGACGUUGUAGCAGUGUCCUGUGGUCCGAACGCUGCCGGUACUAUACUCCGUCAGUUGGAUAUGGAAUUGAUAUCCUUGAAACGUCAGGUUCAGAACACUAAGCAAGUUAACAGUGCACUUAAGCAAAAGCUGGAAGGGGGCAUAGAAGAGUUCAAACCGGCAGAGUCAAAUCAGAAAAUAAAUGCCCGAUGGACGACCGAAGAACAGCUUCUCGCAGUACAAGGUGUCCGCAAAUAUGGUAAAGAUUUUCAAGCUAUUGCGGAUGUAAUUGGCAACAAGACUGUUGGUCAAGUGAAGAACUUCUUUGUAAACUACAGGCGCCGGUUUAACUUAGAGGAGGUAUUGCAGGAAUGGGAAGCAGAACAAGGAACCCAGGCCUCUAAUGGUGAUGCUUCUACUUUAGGGGAUGACACAAAAAACACUUCUCAUGUACCAUCAGGAAAGAGCACUGAUGAAGAGGAUGAGACCCAGAGCAGCCAGACAGCGCCACCCGCCGGUCAGUCUCCUCCAGCGCAGUCUGUAGCCCCAGCGUCGUCGGCUUCGGUGACGGCCUUGAAUCAGCCUCCACCUCUUCUACGGCCAACGCUACCCGCUGCUCCGGCCUUGCACCGUCAGCCUCCGCCUCUACAGCAGCAAGCUCGGUUCGUUCAGCCAAGGCCGACGCUCAACCAGCCCCCGCCUCCGUUAAUUCGCCCAGCUAGCUCUAUGCCUCCUCGUCUAAACCCAAGGCCGGCGGUGACCACAAGUUCUGGUCAACAGCCGUCCUCUCUUGGGAUUCAGACUGAGCCACAGCCCACAAUGCAUUGAUGUAAAUAACUCGCUUCCUGGAGCGGAUCCUGGAACCUUUUACUUAUAUGGGAGUAAUCUUGAGCCAUUCAUGACGUGGAGUUUUUGCUACGUCUAAAGAAAAAAACAUCGAAUUCAGACAUUUAAGAAAAUGACUGUACCAUACACUAAACUGACCAGAAUGUAUUGUAAGCUUUUUAUAUAAAUAUAUAUAUAUAUACAGUCAGACAUAAGCGUUCUGUAAACCAAAGUGUUCUCCACGUUACGACUCAUCUGUUACGUGUUACUGUGUCUUUUUUCAGCAUUUCUAUGCUGACCAUAUGCAAUAAAUCACAAAUGUCAGUGAACUGUAACUGUUUAGCUUGGUGAGGUGCUGUUUCCAUAUGGACAUGACAGACUUCACCUACACAUAGUGAAGGCAGCCAUACGUCUUGUACCUCGGUGACUGUUUUGUGUAUGUUGGCUCAAUACGGCCUUCACUGUGUCUAGAUGACCACUCCAUGUCUUCAGUUUCCCCAUUUUAAAGGGGUUGUCCAUGAUUUUACAAGCAUAGGCCAUCACUAUCUGAUCGACGGUUCCCAUUCUUAACCCCCACCCACUGCCUUUUACAGAAUGGUGCUGGUACCACACACCUUCAUUCUGUAGUGGACGGAGCUGGUUAUGCUAAUGCUGCUCCCACUGAAGUGAAUGGGAAUAGCACUGCAGUAACUACCUCUCUCCCCUACACAAUGGGCGGAGCUACUCUGAUAGGUGGCGCUAUGCAUUGUUAGUCCCUUGCUUUUUAGAUAAUGAUGACCUUUCUUGUCGAUUGACCCAUCACUUUUAAAAUCCUGGACACCACAGCUCUUCCCAGUCCAUAAACUUUUAAAGAGGUUGUAAACUCAAAAGGUCAUUACCUGAAAUAAAUUUCUACAGGCUCUGCCGCCAUUCCUGAUGUACCCAGUAUUUUGUGGAUUGUGGUCUGAGCAGCUUUGUGACCAGUUCUGUAUUCAGACAGCCAAUUGUGUAGCUCUCUCUUCCUCUCUCCCAGGAAGAAAUCCCAGCAGUAUCUAAGGUCUCUCUCCCAACAUAAGUUAAUGUAACUUGUCAACAAAGUUAAAAAAAAGCUCCCAGAGCACUAGUCAUGGACCUACCACACUACACAAGCAUCUGUAGUAAUAUGUAGUUUGUACCCCUUUAUGUGAUUAGAAGCUAUGUUGUCGUUUUUAAUCAUAAUUGGUCAGAAAGGGUACUUGCAAUGCGCAAAAAAAAAGUGUUUUCAUUCUGGUGGAUGUUGCAGUUUACAACCCUUUUUAAUAAAUUUUUUUGAUCCGUAACACAUUGAUUUUAUCAUGUUUCGCAGAUUUCUUUCUGGGAUCCUCCCGUGUGUUUAAAAACUGUAUGCACCUGUACGCAUACAGUGUGGUUUUUCUAACCUUUUUGAAAACGUUUGAACGGCUCUUAUUUGCUUCCCCGAUCACGGCCAAGUAUGGGUAAAAUGUGUUUUGAGGCUUGAGCAUAUCACCAUACGUACGUAGCAGAGAUUACGCUAGAUUUAUCAAGGUGGUUUUUAUUUUAAUUUUUUUUAUAUUUAUUUGCUGUAUUUACCUCGAUGUAAUAUGAUGAGUACCGUCCUUGUCGUCUUGUAUGUGACCGUCGAGUGUGACUUGUCAGCCGUGUUUCUAGUUUUACGGACUUGCAUUUCCCUUACAGAACAGGGAUUCAGGUUUAUUGUGUUUUUUAUUUUAUUUAUUGCAUUGGCACUUAGUGACCUAGAUUUUUAUUUUAUUUUUUACAAUUUUUUUUUAUAGACUAGCCCUGGUUCUAUCAAUAUAUAAAUGUAAUUUUUGUGUUUUUUAUUAUUAUAUUUUUUUUACAUGUUAAUUAUAGAAAGUGCACUUAUGUGAUAAUUUUCUCAUUUUUGUGCUGCAUCAUGUAAGAUACAUUGAGUCAUGGUCUAUUACUGGUCCUCAGUAUGGCAGCGUGAACUCUCCCCAUACGGUAUUACGUCAUUAUAAACGAAUUACAACAGUGGAAUUGUAACUGUGCUCUUUUUGCAUAAAGCUUUGUUGUUUUAUUAUACCUUUUUGUCCUAAACUCCUACCAACGCCCCAAGUACAUGUGUUAAAUGCUGUGUAAAUAACGGGGGGGGGGAUCAGGUUGAUAUUUUUUUUUUUUUAAUUUUUUUUUUUCUCUCCCUUCUGUCUUUUUAAAUAUGGCAAAAAUAAAAAAACGUAAAUAUUGACCGUAAACAAGUGUCAG